GUAGAGGAUCCUGUCGCUGCCUCGGCCGUCGCAUCCCCCGAGGAGUCGUGUCGCCGUCGUCCCGACCCUCCAACCCACGAUCGCCUUCCCGAAGCUCGUGUCUGUAUCCCUGACCCCGCUAGCCUCUCGUCCCUGGCCCUGCGUGCCUCGCCUCCUCCAUCAUGUGCGGUAUAUUUGCUUACUUAAACUACCAUGUUCCUCGCACAAGACGUGAAAUCUUGGAGACUCUCAUCAAAGGCCUUCAGAGACUGGAAUACAGAGGAUACGAUUCUGCUGGUGUGGGAGUUGAUGGAGGCAAUGACAAGGACUGGGAAGCCAACGCCUGUAAAAUCCAGCUCAUUAAGAAGAAAGGAAAAGUGAAGGCCCUGGAUGAAGAAGUCCACAAACAACAGGAUAUUGAUUUGGAUAUCGAAUUUGAUGUGCACCUUGGAAUAGCUCAUACCCGUUGGGCAACACAUGGAGAACCCAGUCCUGUCAAUAGCCACCCCCAGCGUUCUGAUAAAAAUAAUGAAUUUAUUGUUAUUCAUAAUGGAAUCAUCACUAACUACAAAGACUUGAAAAAGUUUUUGGAGAGCAAAGGCUAUGACUUUGAAUCUGAAACAGACACAGAGACAAUCGCCAAGCUUGUUAAGUAUAUGUAUGACAAUCGGGAAAGUCAAGAUACCAGUUUUACUACCCUCGUGGAGAGAGUUAUCCAACAAUUGGAAGGUGCUUUUGCGCUUGUAUUUAAAAGUGUUCAUUUUCCUGGACAAGCAGUUGGCACAAGGCGAGGUAGCCCUCUGCUGAUUGGUGUCCGGAGUGAACAUAAACUUUCCACCGAUCACAUUCCAAUACUCUACAGAACAGCUAGGACUCAGAUUGGAUCAAAAUACUCACGGUGGGGAUCACAGGGCGAAAGAGGCAAAGACAAGAAAGGAAGCUGUAAUCUCUCUCGUGUGGACAGCACAACUUGCCUUUUCCCUGUUGAAGAAAAAGCGGUGGAAUAUUACUUUGCUUCUGAUGCAAGUGCUGUCAUAGAACAUACCAACCGCGUCAUCUUUCUUGAAGACGAUGAUGUUGCAGCAGUGGUGGAUGGCCGUCUUUCUAUUCAUCGAAUUAAGCGGACUGCAGGAGAUCAUCCUGGGCGAGCUGUGCAAACCCUGCAGAUGGAACUCCAGCAGAUCAUGAAGGGCAACUUCAGUUCGUUUAUGCAGAAGGAAAUAUUUGAGCAGCCAGAGUCGGUGGUGAACACAAUGAGAGGAAGGGUCAACUUUGAUGAUUAUACUGUGAAUCUGGGUGGCUUGAAGGAUCACAUUAAGGAAAUCCAGAGGUGUCGGCGAUUGAUCCUCAUUGCGUGUGGAACAAGCUACCAUGCUGGUGUAGCGACGCGUCAAGUUCUUGAGGAGCUGACAGAGUUGCCUGUGAUGGUGGAACUGGCCAGUGACUUCUUGGAUAGAAACACACCAGUCUUUCGAGAUGAUGUUUGCUUUUUCAUCAGUCAGUCAGGAGAGACUGCAGAUACUCUGAUGGGACUUCGAUACUGUAAGGAGAGAGGCGCUCUAACCGUGGGGAUCACGAAUACGGUUGGCAGUUCUAUCUCAAGGGAGACAGAUUGUGGAGUUCACAUUAAUGCUGGUCCUGAGAUUGGCGUGGCCAGUACAAAGGCUUACACCAGCCAGUUUGUGUCCUUGGUGAUGUUCGCCCUCAUGAUGUGUGAUGACAGGAUCUCCAUGCAAGAGAGACGCAAAGAGAUCAUGCUUGGAUUGAAACGGCUGCCAGAUUUGAUUAAGGAAGUACUGAGCAUGGAUGAUGAAAUUCAGAAACUGGCAACAGAACUCUAUCAUCAGAAGUCAGUCCUGAUCAUGGGACGAGGCUAUCACUAUGCUACUUGUCUGGAAGGGGCUCUGAAAAUCAAAGAAAUCACGUACAUGCACUCUGAGGGCAUCCUCGCCGGGGAGCUGAAGCACGGCCCUCUGGCUCUGGUGGACAAGCUCAUGCCCGUCAUCAUGAUCAUCAUGAGAGACCACACUUAUGCCAAAUGUCAGAACGCUCUCCAGCAGGUGGUUGCCCGGCAGGGGCGCCCAGUGGUGAUAUGUGAUAAGGAGGACACGGAGACCAUUAAGAACACGAAGAGAACGAUCAAGGUGCCGCACUCCGUGGACUGCUUGCAGGGCAUUCUCAGCGUGAUCCCCUUACAGCUGCUGGCCUUCCACCUCGCUGUGCUGAGAGGCUAUGACGUUGAUUUCCCACGGAAUCUCGCCAAAUCUGUAACUGUAGAGUAAGGAGCGUCUGAAUCUCUGGACGAUUAAGCAACACAAGACACCUUUUGUAUUCAAACCUUGAUCUGAAAUAUCACUCCUUGAAGCCUUUUUUAGUAAAUCCUUAUUUAUAUAUCAGUUACAAUUACUCCACUCAAUUUGUGAUUUUAUCAAAUUACCUCUUAUGCUUUUCCCAGUGAUUUGUGGGGGAGACGGAAAAAUGGAAUCUAUGAGGAAAAUUUUAACUCAUUUUCUGUAAAGAAUGCUGGGCUUGGAGUUUCCGAUUCCUCCUCUUCAAUCUGAGAUGAUUGUAUGUUUUUAAAUGAUUGGCAUUUGUUUUACCUUGCUUUAUUCAUUCAGACCAGUGAGACAAUAGUGCAUUUAACCUGGAAUCUCUAAAGCCGUGGCAAAGUUUGCUAACACUUGGACAUCUACUGAAGGUUUUGUUAACUUAUGUAUAAAUAGAAGAUGCUGUGAUUUAUUUUGAAGCUUGUUUCUAUUUUGUUUUUAGAUGAAACUGUACAACAAAAAAAUGAACACUUUUCUUGGUAGAAUUUGUUUCUGAGUUUGGUUAACCUUAGUUUCUGAAACCUGCCGUCUGUUCUGUAGCUGAAGCUAAUUUAUGAAGCUAACUAUUACACUAGUGCAUUGGUGUUCUUCAAUUGUCAACAGAACAUUUUUGCACAAUUUUAUAGCACAAGCUUUAAAUUUGAGCUGCUUUGGGUAAUGACAGUAGGAUUGUGAAUUUGAAGUUGGGGUGUGUACCUGUUCGGUAUCCUAUGCCCUAUUUUCUGAUAGCCUAAAAGUGGUCUUUGUUUCUUUGUAUCUAUAAUUUUGUAUUUCUUAACUGUUAAGCGAUUUUCUUUUAUCUUAUUCUUGGAAACCACAGCAUAAAGCUGCUGUCAUAUGUCUCAAAUUGGUCUUGAUAUAUACAGUAUAUGUCAAGGAAGGAAAAAUUUCCUGUAGUUCGUACAAGCUUUCUUUCAUUGCCUGUUGUAAACUGAUGGUACACUUAGUGCCAGUCUGGAAGUUGUUUCAAUCAUUGGAGAGAAUUGAAAGCCUUUGACUAAUUGAAUAUCUUUAAGUGGUGAGCGAGGCUUAACAAAAGCCAAGUGCUUCCUAUCGUACUAGUGAAGGAUGGCAUCACAUUUACUAUUACCUCUAAGUUGCUUUUUCUAUCUAUGUUUUUUGUGCUUUACCCCUGAAGUUUAUUUAGGAAUGAAGAAGUUACAUAUAAAAGGGUAUUGCUGUGCCUUUCACUGGUUAGUGUCAGAAACAGAAGUCAACAAUUUGGAUUCAAAUAUUUAAAGUAGAAUGUUAGGUUAUCACCCAGACGAAUGUAAUAAUUUCUUCAUGGAGUUUUUUUUUUUUUUUUUUUUUUUUUUGAGGAGGGGUGCAGAUCUUGUGGGCUGGGAGAAUGCGUUUUUGUAUUGAUUCAGUCUUUUUUUUUUUAGUAAUUUUCACUUUUCAGUUGUGAAGGUAAGUUGAAGUGCAGGCUUUUUGCUUUUGUAUGUGUGCUUGAAUUUCUUAAUUAGGUUAAGGUUUUGUGAAUAGCUGUGAUGGCUGUGGGACAUACAAUUCUGCUUGUAUUUUAUAGUUAAGGAAGGGGUUGGCGUAGUUGGAGGAACUUGGAAGCACUCUUAGAUGCAAACUGGCAAUCUUUUUAAUAGUAAAGUAGGGUCACUACUUUCUAUAUAUAAUACUGUAGUGAUAUUUAUCUACUUUGUUUCUAAGAACACCUUGUAAUCUUACUAGUUUUAGUUCUAUGUAGGCUUACUACUUUUAGUAUGUGUGUAGUGUAACUUCUUAUGUCUGGUAUGCUAGCAUUUUACACACUUAAUUUGUAUGGGCUUGUUGUAUUUUUUUUAAGUUAGUAGAUAAUAAUUGUUCAUCUUUCCCCAUAGGUUACAGUGUAUUGCUUUGGUACACCUAUAUGUAGUCUUAACAAUCAACUUAGCAUUUUUAGGUUAUCCUUCCCCCUCCCCCCCGAAAGUUUAUCGUUUCUUUGUGAUGAUAACUUUCAGAAUCCUUUCAUGUACUUCUUUCUGAAACAAUGUUGUUUCAGUUUCAGAAUGUGUUGCUCUUACCUGGCUGUGACUUUAUAUCAAUUAACCGGUUUCUCCCCAUCUCCCCCUGGCCUCUGCUGACCACUGUUCUGUCUCCUGUGAGCAUAGCUGGUUUAAAUUCUUCAUGUUAGUGAGAUCAUGGGUCACUUCACAUACUCUACGGUUUGAUUCGGUCUUCUAAGUUAAAAUAAUAUGUAAAAUGAACCAUCACUUUGCAUUUUCUCUUCUCUUCUCUCUCCUUGUUUUUCUUACACACACACAACCAGGGUAGGAAUUAACUGAAUAUUACAAGUUUAAAUGAAGAGCAACGUGAUAUUUUAUGAACAAACAUAAUGUCUCUCCCUCUCCCUUUUUCUUAUACUUUACCUCAUUUGAUGUAAUAAUUCUCAAAUGCUUUUAUACAUUGUUAUCUUAUUGGGAUGAGGCAAACUAAGUGAGAAUGUCUGGUGAAAACCAGUGUAAUACUUUCAGAAGAGUAGAUGUUUUUGUAGAGUAGAUGUUCUACAAAAAGUGUCCUUUGUGUGAAGUUCCUUCGUGAAGUUCAUGUAAAGUUCAGAUUCACUCAUAUACAACUUAGAGAGCCUCAUGCCUGAAUCCUUAGGGGGCGUAUGCAGUAUCUAUAACGCAUUGCGCGGUAACUGAUUGUUGCUUUAGAGUCAGCUUUCCAGUUGUUGUUGUUUUGUUUUGUUUUGCUUUGUUUUAAAGUUACCUAUGCCACAGGAAUAAAGAAUAAAAAAAAGUUAGCUAAUUUUAGGGUGUUUUAACUCUGUUAACAAACAUUUAUUAGUUAUCUUUUGUUUGUAAGUCAGUGCUAGGUGUCAAAAAUUUCAUCUUCUUUAGAGCAGUCUCCCAUUUUUCCACCAGGCGAACUUGUCACUUGACAUGAAGUCCUUUGGGAAGCACAGGGUGAAAGGGGGGUGGGAGGAGGGGAUAGAGCUGGGGUGUGUGUUAAGUGUGCAUUGGGUGCAUGGAUUUGUUUAUGUAAAUAAUGGUCCAGGUUUAGAGAUACACUAUGUUCAUAAAAAGGGAAAUGUAUUUGCAAGGUAUACUAGUUCACAGGCUAUAUAGAUCUAUGGUACUGUAGGGCUGGGUGAGGUGGAAGAGUGGUUAGACUGCUUGCUGCUUGGAACAUCCACAUCCCAAUGGGAAGUGGCAGUUUGAUCCUGGCUAUACUACCUCUGAUCCAGCUUCUGGCUCGUACAAUCCUGAGAGGCAGCAGAUAAUGGGUCAGAUGCUGUGGCGCCUGCCACUCACGUGGAAGACCCAGAUGGAUUUUUUCUCCUGGCUUUGAUCUGGCCCAGCCCAGACUGUUGCAGGGUGUUUGGAUUGAUGGUACUCCAGGACAGCAGUAAUUGAUAGUGCAAAGGUGAAAAGCAAUCAAGCCUUGCUGCUCCUGAAAGGGAAUUGACACGCCAGUGAGGCUAUAUGUUAAGAGAGCAAUACAGGCAUUCUCUUUUAGCUUUCUUAGGUUAUUUAUGACAUCAUAUUGCCUUAUCCUUUUUAAAAAAAUGCUUUGACAAUAAUGUGUAUAUAUUUGCAUGGUACAUUGUGACAUUUCAACACAGGUAUAUAAUGUGCAAUGAUCAAACCGGGAUAAUUGGGACAUAUCCAUUACCUCAAACAUUUAUCAUUUCUUUGUGUUGAUUAUUUAAAAUCCUCUGAUUCUUUGGCCUGAGUUAGGUCUGAGAGGUUGGGAUGAAAGGAUCCUGUUUUAGGUUCUUGGUAAUACGCCCCUGUUAUUUGUGUUUGUUUCUCUUUAAAGAAAAACCAAUUGAAGUGUUUGCUUCAGCAAGAACUCUGUUAGGGUCAGUUUUUUCUCAUUUUUAAAAUUAGGUUACACUAUAGCAAUAAAAGAGACUUAAGAAAACUAAUUCUUGUGUGCUAUAGCCUAAGUGGUUUUUCUAAAAAAGCACAAUAUCAUUGAAAAAAUAUUUAUUGAAAAAUAAUCCGUAGCUCAUACUGACUUUGUGAAGGCCAAAGAAAACUGAAGGAAAUGGUAAAGACAUUUUAGUUUUAAGAUGUCCAUGCAUUUAGUACAUUUGAGUACAGGUCAGAGUAUUUUGCCCGUGGGGACAGAUUUCACAUUUCUUUGUUUUUCUGGUUAGAGCCUCAAGUGUAGAAAUUUGAACACAUGAACCAUAUUUUCCCUAUUGUAUUUAAAAAUUGUCACAUUUUCAGUAUCUAGGAUUCCUAACCUGAUGAAUUUUAAGUAUAUCUUCAGUGACCACCAGUAAGGCUGAUAACAUUAACUUCAAAACAGUAGUAGCCAGGGUUAAAAGAAAAAUCCUGAUUAACUAGGAAGACUGUGAGAGUAUGCCGUUUUAACUUGUAAGUCUGUAAUUGCUUGAUAUCAAAAUUUUAUGUAAUAUACCAUGAAUAAUGUCUAAUGAAAACAUCUUAGGACAUUCUCAGAUUACUUUUCUUACUCUGCUAGUUUUCAGAAUGAAUAUAGAAAUGAUCCUGUUAGCUUUUUGAAACUGCUCUAGAAUGUUUUUGCUUAAAUAAGACUUUUGGUAUUUGUUUAAAUUAUACCUCUUGUGAGGUGAAAUGUUAGACUCAUUCUUGCUUUGUUUCAGUUUUGUGUUCUUUGAAAUGAAUGUUUAGUUUCCUGAGCCACUUGGUCAUUUUGUCCUCAUGUAUUGUUAAGUCCAGUGUCUCUAAGCUUGAACUGUGAAUAAAUUACCAAAAGUGUGCUGAGAAUUUCAUUCUGAA